AUGGAACCCUCAGAAGAUCCAUGGGUUCUGGUGUCAUCUUUUGUUAAGCUUCCUCCGGAUUUUGAGGUAAACAGAGAUUCGGUGAACAUUAUAGACAUCUCAUCACCUGAAUUCGACCGUGUAAAGAACCAGAUAUCAAACGCGGAUGUUGUAUUGAAGCAUCUCCUGCGACGUGGGCAACAGAAUAUUCUACUAGAACGUUAUUUCCAAGAUGGUUGGGUACGAUGGGAUCUACAAAAGCUUCCAGUUCUGGAUAACGUUGGUCAUGGCAUUCCUAAUUACAAAAGACAAGCGAGCAACCAUUAUGACUUUAAAACAUUGGACGAAUGGUCUCAGUUGAAAAUUGAAGCUAUUUUUCCCUAUUGGAAGGAAGAUGAGCAUCGAAUUCCAGACGGUGAUCUAUACGAACAGUUACCACUAAUCAUGAAGCCUCCGAAAUUAUCGAAUAGAACAGAAGACAAAUCAAUGGAAAAAGAUCCAGUAGCAUAUGUGAAGAAGAAGUAUUACGAAAUACUGUAUUCGCUUAAUAUACCCCUAGCACACUUUGUGAAGUCAAAACUAUCUAGAACCAAAGUUUUAUGCAAACAACAAGGAAGUGAAUAUAAGGACGUUUUGAGAUCAGUUUUAGUCGACCUAUCAGGUUUCGACACCCGAUAUACUGUCGAUCAUAAUGGACUGCUUAACUAUGAUGAUAUCCCUGAAGAAUGUAAAACAUUCCGCAAAGAAAUCAUUCAAGAAACGCUUAAUGUUGACAACAAUGUAUUAUCAAAGAAUAAAGACGUUACCACGGACAUUGCCAGUAUAUUAAAGGUAAGAGAUAUCAAGCUACAAAUCAUAAUUCUACUAGAAAUUAUAUCAGAAAAUAAUUUGGAUGGAUCGAUGAAACAAUAUGAAGCAAAUUAUGAGAAUAAACUUAGCGAACGAUCUCUAAAUAUGGUCACUGCAGUAACAAGGUUUUCUAGGAGAAGGAAAAAAUCUAAGGCAGAUGCUCCUAAAAUAGCAAAAGCAACAUCAGCGGUUGAUUAUUGCCAACAUAUGGAUAUCCUUCUAGAUAAACUAGGAAUUGCAGAAGCGUUAAUAUCGACAGAAAUAUCAAUGCAAUCGGAACAACCCCCAGCUAACAAGUCCAUUCACGAGUAUAAACGCGGAAUAGUUGAUAAAAAUAAAGAAAUGUCAUCAAAAGGGUUCUUGGGUUACGUUGUGAUACCGUACUGGUAUAAAAAACUGCCGUUUGUUGUUACAUUCAUUUCUAAUAAGAUAAAAGGACCAAGAAUUGAGAAUAAGGUACCGAAGGGCAACAACAGCAGCAAUUCAGCUUCCAAUUAUAAUCAAUUAAGGUCAAGUUCAGUUACCUCUAACACUAGUGAUCGAAGUACGUCCCCUCAAGUCCCACCAUUAUUGCGUACGAGAACGAACUCUAAUUUGAUAGACUUUUUAGAAGGGGAAACAACGAAGAAAAAACCAACUCUUGCAUCCAGAUCAUCAUCUGAUAUUAAACUCAAUCAUCUUGAAAAACGACAGAUGUCUGUUCAAGACUUAUCUUUGGAUGAAAUAAUGAAACAAAAACAGCAAGUACUUCAAGAGUUUAGUGCAGUUAGGUCUGUUUUAGUUAACGGUAAAUCGGUAAGUUUCACUCAAUCGCACAGCAAUUCAUUUCAAAGAGUUGGUAAGCGCAAGAUUGAUAGCACAACGUUACCUAAAACAGAUGAGAAAUCUGAAGACGAUAUUCAUGUUACAGCCACUCCAAUGAAACCAGAUGAAGAAAUAAAAAUUUCUCCCAUUUUCGUGGCUUCGCCAGCUGUUGCCAACACUAACAUGAAGUCUCCAGUAAAGGAAUCGCCAAUAAAGAAUAAACCCAAAAGAGUGCGUAGAAGGUUAUUUGCUCCAUAA